AGAGCCUGACCGCAGCUGAAAGAAGUCUCCAGAAUCUGAUGAAAAUCGCGGCUCAGAAUCUCGUCCAGAACACGAACAUCGAUAACGGGCAGAAAAGCAACGACGGGUUGGUGCAGCGCUUCGACAAGAGCCUGGAGGAGUUCUAUGCCCUGUGCGACCAGCUGGAGCUGUGCCUGCGGCUUGCCUACGAAUGCCUGUCCCAAAGCUUCGACAGCACCAAGCAUUCCCCCAACCUGGUGCCAACGGCCACCAAACCUGAUGCGGUGCAGACUGAGAGCCUGCCCUACACCCAGUACCUGAGCAUGAUCAAAUCCCAGAUCUCCUGCGCCAAGGACAUCCACAACGCCCUGCUGGAGUGCUCCAACAAGAUCACCGGCAAGAUCCCCGCCCAAGGGGGGCCGUAGCCCACGGCGCCGGCACAGUCGUUGCUCCUGCUCCGCGGCCGGUGUGGUUUGAAGGAGACUUGGAUCGUUUCCAGGCUGACGCUGUGUCAGGUGGUGAAACUCUACAAACUUGCAUCUGACCCAUGGCCUGUCUCAUGUCCUCUGAAUUCCCUGCGUGGGUAGAAGGUCUCGUUUGUAUCGAGUGAAACAGUCCCUGGUCCGCUUCCUCCUCCCCUCUCGUUCUCCUCUAACUCCCUCUUGUCUUACUCCUUCCCUCCCUGCUCUCCCAUUUCUCAUGUUCCCUCCUUUCCCCCUCACCUUUCUUGCAUCUCCUAGGCCUGAUCCUCAGCUGCCAUCAGUCGUCAGAGCUUCGCCGAACUCACUGCUGCGACGCUAGCCUAUGCCACCCACUGGCUUGGCCCACGUACAUUCAGGACACAUUAGCUCGGCUAGAACUGACUCACCCAGCACAGGAUCUAUUUGCUGAAGUCUCCCAUGCCAGGGCCUAAGCACCCUCCACUCCCCUUUGACUUUAGGAGGGGUCGAGGAGACCUGAGACUGUGCUGCUAAUGAAGUGAGGAGGAUCAGACAGAAUCUUUCUCUGCCAUCAAAUUAAAACUUCCCCCCGCCCCAGGGGAAUGGUUUAGAUUGUAGCUUUCCAGGUUGAUGGGUAUAUUAUUUUUUUUUUUUUAAACAGUAAUAACCAUUUCAGAGAAAUGCCAUUGAGUUAAAACAAGCCCAGGUGUUAAUUUCCCCCGGCCACCACACUGACUUUACCUCACUGUAACCCUUCUGUCCUUUGAGACAUUUCUCUCCUGACCUGCGUGGAGCGAGAGGGGAAUCGGACUCCAAUUCAUUAAAGCUGGUUAAUGAUAACGCCUUGGAUCAUUCAAUACAGAGGGCUGGACUGUCAUUCCAUUCACACCAGCAUAAAGCAGAAGUAAUGAACAGAAUUAUCUCCUCAUCAGACUGGCAUAAAACAUAAAGGAGAAUCAGAUCCAAAGAGUGAAUUAAAGCAAGACAACUUUGAUUC